AUGGCAGAGCUAGAAGGGCUGACUCGUUAUAUAGCAUAUAUUGAUUAUGACCGGAGCCUUAUGCUGUGGCACAUAGCAACUGAGCUGUGUUACCAAGAAGAAGCAUCCGUUGGAGAGAAUCACAAGGAGCGUGAGUUCAGCAAAAUCAUCUCAGACUACAUGAUGUAUCUUUUGAUGAAGCAGCCAAAGCUGAUGUCAGAGGUUGCAGGCAUAGGCAAGAUCAGAUUCAGAGACACGUUGGCUGAAGCUAAGAAAUUCUUCAGGAAUCGAGAAUUCUGA